AUGUCAUCAAAACAAACUAAACAAACUAAUCUACCACCCAUCAAUCUUAUAUUUAAGUUUUUACAACAACAAUCAGUGGUUACUAUAUGGUUAUAUGAACAAACACAAUCUAGGAUUCAAGGCAAAAUCAGAGGAUUUGAUGAGUUUAUGAACAUUGUUAUUGACGAUGCAGUGGAAUUAUCAAAUGGGAAAAAGUCCGAACUUGGUCGAAUACUAUUGAAGGGUGAUAAUAUUACUUUGAUUUCAAGCUUGGAUGUAUAG